UCCACAUCCUAUCACCCUUCUGAUCUCUUCUACCUUAUUCUAAAUAGGUGGCGUAUAUCCACCAAUUGCUCACAGCCGUCGUUGUCAUUGGUUCUAGAUAUUUCGUGCCUGACAGCUGCAUCGGUCCAAUCACGGGUCUCAUUGGAAGCGUGACGGGAAGCGCCGUCGCGACUCCAUGAUGGAAUAUCCACCACAAUAUCAACAGCCUCAUGGCCAACACCCCCAUGCCCCCUCCCAUAUCGCUGCCCCUUAUCAGGCCGGACCCCAGAACCCAGGCUCAACGGUGGCUUCGAUGACCUCUCCCACCAAUCCCCAGGCACAUAUGCAGCAAGCCCAUCCUACGCAUCAGGCUUCUCCCAUUGUCUCAUCGCAGUCUCAUUAUCAACAGGCACAGAAUGCGCCGGGCUCAGUACACCAGCAGAUGAACUUCCCUCAAUCCUACGGGGUAACUACAGCGAUGCCCCAGACGUACGGCAUCUCGCCAACACAGGCAGCGGCUAUGGCUACUGCGGCAGCGUCUGGGCAAUUCUACCCUCUGCAUCAGGACUCAAUGGCGGGCCAAAUGCCCCAAGGGCCUCGUGGCUCGCCGCGUAUGGCUGGAGUUCAACAGGUGAAGAAUGAGCGGAAUCCACGCUCGCCGCCGCAAAUGCCAGGGCAAAUGCCUUCCAUGGGUUCGCAAGUACAGAUGCAGCAGAAUGCUCAGAUGCAACAGCGUCGCAUGAGCCAUGUUGGCAGCCCCCAUGUUCAAACUGCUCAGCCGGUCCUUAAUCACGUUGGUCGGCCUUCAGUACCUCCACCUAUGCCGCCUCCGCCUCAGCCUGCGGUGCAACAAAGUCAACCUUCCCCAGAGAUGACUGUUGGCGCCGUGGAGGAGUCUCCUCUUUACGUUAAUGCAAAGCAAUUCCACCGCAUUUUGAAACGACGCGUUGCUAGGCAAAAAUUGGAGGAACAACUCCGACUCACGUCCAAGGGCCGUAAGCCAUAUCUGCAUGAGUCGCGUCACAAUCAUGCUAUGCGGCGGCCACGGGGUCCGGGCGGUCGAUUCCUGACGGCAGACGAAGUCGCUAACCUGGAGAAGAAGAAUACCGCGGGUGGACAAGAGAAUGUCGAUAGCAAGCCGACCGGUGAGAAUCCUCCGUCGGCACAGAAAAGAAAAUCUAGUGAUGUUAACGAUGAGAACACGAACUCAGCGAAGAAGGCGAAAACUAGCGUUGCGAAAACGAGCACCAGCGCUGAGGAGAGCGAACAUGAAUCCGCCGAACCAUCCGAUGAGGAUGGUUGAAAAAUAUGUCAAGGCAAAUAUUGCUUUUCAUAUUAUUAGCGCGUCUUUGUCCGCUUUUGAUUUUCUUUCAUUUCGUACCUAUUCAUCCUUACGAUUUUAUGGAUGAAUUUAUUUAUGUUUUCUUUUGUAGCGAGCGAUGUGUGACAAUUCACCUAUCACGUUUCUACCACCAUUAUCCGACAGCAACCAGUGUUAUGUCUGUUUAUAUCUUAUGUUAUGUUGGUACGAAGUUUCCUAUUGUUUUCCAAAGAAACC